AUGCCUGCAACAACAAGAUCUCAGUCCAAGGUCAAAGCAUCUGCUGAUAUACCUUCAAUAUCAGAGAAAGCAGUCUCGGCUGAUGACGUCACACCUGACGCGGAGAGCACGGGCAGCCAUUCUGAUUAUCCUUCAUUGAGCGACUCUAGGGAUAAAACUGAACGUUACUGUGGCCCUGACCAUCUUCGUGGCUGUAGCUGCUAUUCUGACUCUGACUCUGACUUUGACGUCGAGGAUGAGGAUGAGGACUCAUAUUGGGAACAACCUCCGACAAAGUAUGAGUGGUACAACUACCCUGUCGACCUUGUUACUGUGGAGAAGCUGCGAAACAACAUGCCGAUCUAUACACGUCCUCUGCUUCAAGAAAUUCGCGCGCAACAGCAAGAGGCCCUUCACCAGAUAAACCUCCCGAGCGUCCCCAUAAGGACGGAAUACCUCACCUGGCGAGACCCGAAUGGCCGUCUUACGAAAGUUUGGGAAAAGAAAAAUUGCGGUCGAAUCGAGCGUGACCCAAUCGAACAUGUCAGAGUUGACUUCAUGCCUCGUAUAUUCUUGGAUCGAGACUUUCAGCGCGAGUGUGGAUGGAAGUCGGAAGCAGUAUUCUGGCUGCGAGUGGACAACAACACUGUCACUGAGCCGGUUGGAGGUUUCUUCUACGACGCUCCAUACGCGCUCACUCCCAUAUAUCCGGAGAAGGACUCCGACCUCGAUUAUGCGGGAGAGAUGAAGCGAUGCCGCGAUGCGAUAGCACAGUCGUUAGCUUAUUGGGGAACAAGCGACCUACGCGGCAGCUUCACCAACGCCAUCAAGGAUGUCGUGAGCAUCCCAACGCAGAUUGAGAAGAUUGUGUGUUUCGGCCUAGGAGCACUCAGGCCAUAUUGGGCCUACAACACCUACAACAGUACAUUCCAACACAUCUCCAUCUUCUGUAUCGCAAACAUCUUAGCCGAGCGCUACAAGACGGGUGCAGAGAAAGGAAGGAAGAUACAGAUCCUACUCCAAAAUCCUCACUACCUGGAGAAGGACUGGAUACUGUUCAAAGAACUACAUGCAGCUAUGGGUUGUGAAGCCAGCAGCGAAAUAGAGUUCGUGCGGGAUCCAGACGGUCUUCUCGCGAUCGAAUCACACACCAUGGUCAUCGCUCCCAAUUUGCCGGUCUCAUAUCCUUGGGCUCAAAUCAUCGCUGAUCUAUUUGUAUCGGGAUCGGGUCCAGCUAUCAUCAUGGGCGAUCAUCUCGCUGCCGACCAAGAGCAGAAGAUCUUCAAAAUUCAGGACCGUGGAUCACCAGCCGUGGCGAGGUUUCUGUCACAUCGAUACGUGCAGACCCAGACAGGUCUCGAGGGUGAAGGUCCGCGAGAAAAGCUUCCUGCUAAAAUGUUUCAUAACCCGCGGAAGAUAGACUGGCUUCCAGAUAUGAAUAUCUUUGUAAGGAAAGAGGGUAUGUAG